UUACUAAAUAAUAGUUAAAAAAUUUGCAAAAUCUCACAAGUAAAACCUCUCAAAAACCCUCCGGUUCAAGCCAAACGCUACUCCUCGGUCCGAGCUAGUCUCGGGACGGAAACCGAAUGGAAGACGGACAGCAUCAGCUGCAGCAGGACUCAGCCAUGGAAGAAGCUGCAGAAAACACAGAAUCCACUGAACAAGACUACUCUUGGCCUGCAAUUAGGUUUGAUUUGCCUCCAUAUGGAAUCCACCAUUUCUACAAGCAGUUCAGGACUGGUCCAAACCCUAACAAUUUCCUCAAGGGCGUUAAAUGGUCUCCCGACGGUUCGUGUUUUUUAACGAGCUCAGAGGACAAUACCUUGCGUGUCUUCUCAUUACCAGAUAAUGGUAGGGGCAGUGAUUCUAAUGCUUGUUCUUUGGAUUCUGAUGGAGAUUCCUAUGAGGCAGGCCUUGUUGUGAGUGAAGGGGAAUCUGUUUAUGACUUUUGUUGGUACCCAUAUAUGACUGCUUCAGACCCUGUUAGUUGUGUGUUUGCUAGCACUACCCGUGACCAUCCGAUUCACCUUUGGGAUGCUAGUUCUGGCCUGUUGCGUUGCACAUAUCGUGCUUAUGAUGCUGUGGAUGAAAUUACUGCUGCCUUUUCAAUUGCAUUUAAUCCUGCUGGGACCAAGAUUUUUGGUGGAUACAACAAAUCCGUAAGAAUAUUUGAUAUACAUCGGCCUGGCCGAGAAUUUGAACAGUACUCAACACUACAAGGAAAUAAAGAGGGGCAAGCAGGUAUUAUAUCUACCAUUGCCUUUUGCCCAACUCAUAGUGGAAUGCUAGCUACUGGUUCUUACAACCAGACUGCUGCAAUCUUUAGGGAGGACAAUAUGGAACUCUUGUAUGUUUUGCAUGGCCAAGAAGGUGGGAUUACACAUGUCCAAUUCUCAAAAGAUGGAAACUAUCUUUAUACUGGAGCUCGGAAGGAUCCAUAUAUACUUUGCUGGGACAUGCGGAAAACUGUUGAAGUUGUAUACAAGUUAUACAGAUCGUCAGAACAAACCAACCAACGGAUUUUGUUUGAUAUUGAACCCUUUGGCCGACAUCUUGGGACAGGUGGUCAGGACGGUUUAGUUCAUAUAUAUGAUCUCCAAAGCGGGCAGUGGAUAUCGGGCUUUCAGGCUGCAGCAGAUACAGUUAAUGGUUUCUCUUUCCAUCCAUUCCUGCCUAUGGCUGCCUCUUCAUCAGGGCAUCGAAGAUUUCAAGUUCCUGAUGAUGGCGAUGAGAAUUUGCUUUUGAGAGGGGACGAGAACUGCGCUCGUGUGUGGAACUUUUUCAGUGGUUCAGAAAUGGAGAAUGGCGGUGACCAUAAUGGUGGUCAUUCUACCAGUCAAUCAGAAAACGAUUUCCACAACCAGCAAGAACUUUGAGCCCAUCUGCACUGGCCUUCGGCCUAAGCGGAAACACCUUACAUAAUCUUAUGUUGUAACUGACUAAGAUAAACGUCAUUUAUCUUGUUAAUGUACAUUGUGAGUCAAUUAACGUCUUAUUUUUGUUAAA